CGUAUACAUACUUACACUCAUAUUAUACACAUACUUUCUCUCUCACCCACCCCAUUUCUAUCUUCCUAUCUUCCACUGCAAUCACAGCCCCCGCGCGCGCGAGAGAGAGAGAGAGAGAGAGAUAUUUUCUGGAAAGAUCCUGUUCUUAGGGUUGCUUAGUUUUGUCUACUUCUUACAAUAAAUAAUUAGAAAUUCAGCUCUUUAUCGAUCUUGUCCACCUCUUUUCUGAACGGUUGUAACGACGCUGGGAAGGAUUGUGAUUCGUGUAAGGAGCUACUUUUGGUAGGCUGAUAUAUAACUUGGGUAGAGGUUUGGUAAUUGGAGAAGUAUAAAUCUGAAGAUGGGUUAUUUAUGUGAUUUUUGUGGGGAACAAAGGUCCAUGGUGUAUUGCCGCUCAGAUGCUGCGUGCUUAUGCUUGUCAUGUGACAGAAAUGUCCAUUCUGCUAAUGCCCUAUCCAAACGCCACUCGAGAACACUAUUAUGUGAAAGAUGCAAUUCACAACCUGCACUAGUAAGAUGUGCCCAAGAGAGGGUCUCUCUUUGUCAGAACUGUGAUUGGAUGGGUCAUGGCACUUCUACCUCAGCUUCAACACACGAGAGACAGACAAUCAAUUGUUAUUCUGGAUGCCCAUCAGCUGCAGAACUUUCUUCAAUCUGGUCAUUUGUUUUAGAUUUCCCUUCUGUGGGUGAAUCCACUUGUGAGCAGGAAUUAGGUUUGAUGAGUAUAACAGAGAACAGUGAAAAAACUGCUUGGGGCUCUGCAGAAAACAACAUGAGCCAAAAUUUAUAUAGUUCAGUUGAAUUGAAUGGCGUGCGCAACGUCGAGAAGUCCAGCGGUUGGGUUGGGUCCUCUUCCGUGCCUGGAGUUCAUUCUGGGCCUCACAUUCUAGACCAGCCGGCUGGAUCCACAAAUACAUCUUUGCCCAAGAUAUGCUGUCCUGGAGCUAAAGGUUCUGAUCUCUGUCAAGAAGAUGAUCUAUAUGAGGACUUUGAAAUGGAUGAAGUGGAUUUGAAUCUUGAGAACUAUGAAGAACUCUUUGGCGUAGCGCUUAGCCAUUCUGAAGAGCUUUUUGAAAAUGGUGGCAUUGAUAGCUUGUUUGGGACAAAGGACAUGUCUGCUGCUGAUUCCAGUUGUCAGGGUGCAGUUGCUGCUGAGGGGUCCUCAGCGGGACUGGUUAAUGCAAUGCAGCCAGCGUGCAGCAAUGCAGCGUCUGCAGAUUCUAUGAUUAGUACUAAAACUGAACCAGUACUUUGUUUGACAACAACACAAGCACAUUCAAGUAUUUCGUUUUCUGGUCUUACUGGAGAGAGUAGUCCUGGGGAUUAUCAAGAUUGUGGGGCUUCUGCAAUGCUUCUCAUGGGAGAGCCUCCAUGGUGUCCUCCAUGUCCUGAGAGUUCCUUCCAAUCUGCUAAUCGUAGUGAUGCUGUUAUGCGUUAUAAGGAAAAGAAGAAAGCACGCAAGUUCGAGAAAAGAGUGAGGUAUGCCUCUCGCAAAGCAAGGGCCGAUGUUAGAAGACGUGUUAAGGGCCGCUUUGUCAAAGCUGGUGAUGCUUAUGAUUAUGAUCCGUUGACACAAACCAGAAGCUACUGAGAGUACACUUUUUAACCAUGCUUUAUAAAAGGAAAGCAUCGCAUGAUGUCUUCUUGUUAUAAUUACCUAAACAGUGGAUGGAACUAAUGCACUAUUUCCCUGUGCAAUGACAAACUGUAUGAUUAUAUCUCAGGGGCCUUGGUUUUCAUCAGGAGAGAGUGGUGGAUAUAAAAUGCUGGUUUCCAAUGCUUCGCCAAUAAGUGGAGGAGCAGAAUGUCGAUCAUCCAUCACUAUAAAGGAUUGGUGGGUUGUGACACCAUCCGAACAGACCGCAUAGCACCCUCGAUUCAAGUUAUGGAUUGUUGUCUGUCUGUACGCAAUUCUCUAGUGAAAGAACCUUAUGGGUUCUCCCCAGCCCUAACACCUCAAUAACUAUUGUUUAUUGUAUUCCACGCUCUGGUCACUUCUACAAAUUCAGUUUUCAUGGCAUGGCGGGUGGCUGUACGCACAUCUGCCAGAUCAGCCAAGAAACUAGCUAGCACUUCUCUACUGUUCUCGUUUCCUUUUAAAUUGACAUGUAUAGCACAGGAUUUAUAUGACUUAAAAGAGAGUUUGUCUGGUUAACAAUCCCGUGGUCAGACAAAUACCCUCUCCUUGUACAUUUCUCCUCCAUUUCAUGAACAGGUAUAGCAGGGAAUUAUAUAUAUGUUUUUGAGGGAA